GGAUCAGGAAUGAAUGGCCACUAUAGUAGUGAAGGAGAGCGCACGGCACUACAGUGUGAUGGUGUUAUUAUCAGAGAGAGUACCGGGUGCUUAAAGGAGGUGGGCGGGUCCGGAGGUUAUUUUUGUGGCUGAAGUGCCACCCAUGAUCUGGAUGAGCAGUGUGCACACAUUCACUCACUCAAAGGGGAGUUUUUAUCAUCAACUUUUGAUUGCAUGUUAACUUUUCCAUGGACCUGCAGCCGGCUGCUUCACCUCACCAGUCUUUUGCUUAACUUGGUUUAUUAGACCUCAACAUUAACAUCUCUCUUCUCUGAAUCCUCGGGCAUGCACACAUCAUCAUCAUCAUCAUCAUCAUCUUCUGCUGCAGAGAUGAAGCGCUGCAGGCGGCCAUGUGUUUGCACACGCUUCACACACGCUCACAGGGCGGUCUGCAUCACUUCUUCAGAUGUUUGCAUCCUGUCUGCUUUCACAGGACCAGAGGAUGACUGAGCUCUCGGCUGGUAACACUUCUGCAGAGGAAACCCAGCUUUCUUAGAACUACUUUUAAGUUACUUCUUCUUUUUUGUUUUUUAAAACAAUUUUUUUGUUUUAAUCUGGGCAUUAUAUCGACUUUAAAUCUGAUAUCCUCCACAAGAAGUCAGCCAUGUUCCAAAAGAAGAAGGAUCCAGAAAGAUUGGUGCUGGUGACAGAUGUGAGGGCCUCCUACACCACUUUAUCAAGGUCCAGCAUUCCCAACCAGGAGACGUUGCAGAUAGACGGCUCUGAUGGCAUCGAGCAUUGCCAUGACAACAGCCGUGCACAGGAGGACCGGGAGCGAGAGAAGAAAGUCGCCAGGAGGAGGUUGUACGUGGUCUCUGUCAUCUGCCUGGUUUUCAUGAUCUGUGAAGUCAUCGGUGGGUAUUUUGCAGGCAGUCUUGCGGUGAUGACAGACGCUGCCCACCUACUUGCGGACUUGGUCAGCUUCCUCAUCAGCCUGCUGUCCCUCUGGCUCUCCUCCAGACCUGCCACACACAAGCUUAGCUAUGGCUGGCAUCGUGCAGAGAUUCUGGGUGCUCUGCUGUCAAUUUUCACCAUCUGGCUGGUAACAGGAGUGCUGGUUUACCUGGCUGUGAGGCGCCUCAUCAACAAUGACUACACCAUCGAGGGCACUAUCAUGCUCAUUACCUCUGGUUGUGCUGUGUUGGCUAAUAUUGUCAUGGCCCUCGUCCUUCACCAGUCCGGACAUGGACACAGUCACGGGGGUCUCAGCUCAUCACACGGACACAGUCACGGGGGUCAGCGCUCAAACGGGCAUGGCCACAGUAACGGGGGUGUCAGCUCAAACGGGCACGGCCACAGUAACGGGGGUGUCAGCUCAAACGGGCACGGCCACAGUCACGGCGGUCUCAGCUCACAGGGGCACGGCCACAGCCACAAGAAUGGAAACGAACACAGUCAAGCCUUAACCCACUCAAACCAUGACCAUGCAGACGCGGAGCAAAACAGGGCUAAUCAUGACGGGAGGCCUCAGCGGAACAACGCCAGUGUGCGAGCGGCCUUUGUCCACGUGUUGGGAGAUCUUCUCCAGAGCGUCAGCGUGUUCAUCAGCGCCAUCAUUAUCUUCUUCAAGCCAGAAUAUAAGAUGGCUGACCCCAUCUGUACCUUCCUGUUCUCCAUAUUUGUCUUGUGCACCACCAUCACCAUCAUGAAGGAUAUUCUUGUUGUCCUGAUGGAAGGCGCUCCAACAGGAGUGAAUUACAGCGAGGUGCGGGAUGGGCUGCUAGCAGUGAAGGGGGUGAAGGCGGUCCACAACCUUCACAUCUGGGCCCUCACCAUGAACCAGACUGUACUGACUGCACACGUAGCCAUAGACGAGACAGUGGAUGCCCAGACUGUCCUAAGAGAAAUGACACAGGCUUGUUUCUCCUCUUACAACUUCCACGCCAUUACGAUUCAAAUGGAGAGACAGGCCGACCUGAAGCCUGGAUGUACUCUGUGUGAGGAGCCCAAGAAGUAGCAACCCAAGCUAUGCUUUAACUGCUGCUGUAACCUCUGCACUGCUCCUUGGACCCUGAGGUCUUAUGUUUUUUACUGUGACCUUAUUGCCAAAGUCAUACUGUAUGUCUGUGCUUUAUGUGCAUUUGUGUUGACAUUCCCAAAGAAAUAUUUAUAUUGAAAUAAGAAUGAGCAUGUGCCUGAAUGAAAGGCAAGCUAGCUCAGGAUUUAAAUUAUUUUAGAAGAAAAGUUCCCUAUCCACACCCUCCUCCUGUGUGAAGUUUGAACUUGUCUAAAACUUGAAAAUUCUGGAGAUGUCUUUGCUUAUUAAGUGUAUUUAUGUUGAAAUAUAAAUCACAAUGCACCGUAUAAACUAUAGAAUGUAUAUAGGAAGUGGACGUAGUCACCGUGACGUCACCGUGACGUCACCGUGACGUCACUGAUUGAUGCGUCGACUACGGUUUUGAUGCCUCGAGUUUGGCAUUUUGGCCGUCGCCAUCUUGGUUUUUGCAAGCAGAAGUAACACGAGAGGGUGGAGCUGAGUACAACCGAGCGCUGAAUAGAGUGCUCCAGGGAUGACGUAUUUUUGUAGGCCAACCAGGAAGAUAGCAUCGCACUGGGUUCCCUCGACAAAAAGACGAUGGGAUUUCUCCAUUGGGUUUUUGGAUUAGUGCAGAAAAUAAGCUCUGUGGCAAACAAACGUUUAUGAUACUUACGCAUUUUGUUCAGCAAGAUCAUUUUCACAAAUGAACACCACUUUUGGGAUUUUUCAAGUGUAAAUGCAAUCGUCAGAAUUAA